CCAUAGCGCAGGCGCCAGGGGGCGGGGCGAGGUUUUGGCACAUGCGCAGCCUGGGCCCUCCCAGCAGCCUCCAGCGGAAGAUGGCGCCGUGGGAGUUUGUACCUCUGCCUGCCUGAGGAAACGCCAAGGGACUUGUGUCCGCCGCCGUGUUCCAGCUCCUGGUUGUUCCGUGAGAAAACACACGCUAAGCCCCGGGAGGUGCGAUGGCCGCCGUGGUGGCCAAGCGGGAAGGGCCGCCGUUCAUUAGCGAGGCAGCUGUGCGGGGUAACGCCGCCGUCCUGGAUUACUGCCGGACCUCAGUGUCAGCGCUGUCGGGGGCCACGGCCGGCAUCCUCGGCCUCACCGGCCUCUACGGCUUCAUCUUUUACCUGCUUGCCUCCAUCCUGCUCUCCUUGCUCCUAAUUCUCAAAGCGGGAAGAAGGUGGAACAAAUAUUUUAAGUCACGAAGACCUCUCUUUACAGGCGGCCUCAUUGGAGGCCUCUUCACCUACGUCCUGUUCUGGACGUUCCUCUAUGGCAUGGUGCACGUCUACUGAAAUGGGGGCAGGGUUGACUUUUUUAAAACACCAAAUUGGGAAGACUGUUCCCAGAAAUUAACACCGUGUAGACUUACUUAGUUUUUAAAAUUGUUGAAUUCGCUGCUUGCUCUGUAACGUUAUAAAUUAUAUCUGAAGAGGAAGAGCCUGUAAUAUUCUUCAGAUUAAAUGAAGCGUGAGACACUUUGUGGAGUGUUUUCCUACCUUAAUGAACACUCCCUAUCUGUCAUGGAUGCCAAAUCGCCAAGAUUUGACUCCUGGACUGCUGGGACUGGGCCUUGUUCCGACUCAUAGCGACCCCGUGUACAACAGAACGAAACACUGCCCGGUCCUCCGCCAUCCUUAGCCGUCUGUAAUUGCCUUCCAUUUACGCGGAGACCAUCCAAAGAGGGGCCGCUAAGGCCCAUGGUAAAGAGAAGAUUUACUGUUAACAUCUAAGAACUAAUAACAGUUAAUAUUGAACAUUCCUCAUAUACCAGGCACUGCACCUUGUACUUUACACCCAUUGUCUCAUUUAAUUCUCUCAAUAACCUUACGGAGUUGAUGUUAUUGUUACCCCGUGUGGAACCUGAGGCUCAGAGAGGUUAAAUACCUCUGCCCAAGAAGGCACAGCUAGGAAGAGGCAGAGCCAGGAUUCAAAUGCAGGCCUCUUAACUGCGCUUGCUCUAUUGGCCACCGCUUCUUCCAGGUGUGAAUGGUGUCGUUUCAGUUCCAUUUCACUUAGUCAUAAGAAAAAAUAAACUCACGCUUAUUUUUCUAAAAUAUUUCUAGUGAAGAUUAAACUGAGACUGAACAUUUAAGUUAAACUCUGGGCUGUAUUAGAGUGUAAAUGCCUCUGUGUGUACGCCAGUCUAUGAUCCCUUCUUGUCAGGAGGCCUAUCUUAAAAUAAAAUUCAUUUGCUUAAUCAAGAAAUAAAUAUUGCAUUAGAGUUACAUUAAUGAACAAGAAGUUACUCGUGGAAUAUAUAACUGGGGAGAACAGCAUCACGUAAUUCACAAAUACUUAAAUUCUGGCAAGUGCUAUGAGGAGAAUACAUAGGCUUCCCAAACGAAGCCGAGGUUGGGGAAUGGAUAUCAAGGAAUGCUUGUCAUGUUCAUUUGAGACUGAAGAUUAAAUAACAGUCAAAUAAAGUGUGGGGAAGGGGUUAUUUGCAGGAAAGAGUGUGUGAGGGCCAUUUGGCAGGAAGGAGUUUGGGCUGUAUUUGGAAAAUAAAAGAAUAACAUAACAGAAGAGGCCAUGAGGUAGACCUGGAUAGAUCAUGGAGGGCCAUGUGGGAGUUUGGCCUUGAUCCUAAGAGCAAUGGGAAGAAGCCUUUGGGAAUUUUAUUUAGGAGCGAUGUGAUCAGAUUUGGAUUUUUAAAAAAGAAUUUGUUGUAGAUCAGAAGUGGACCCGGGAGCUUAAAUCCAAGCCCCCUUUUACAGACAGCAGGUGACCCAUGGCCAGUAAUAAAAAUAGAACUGGGAUCCAAGCCAGAUCUCCUGAAUUCUAUUUUGGAUUCUGGGCCACAGCCAAGAAGCUGAGGCACAGUUUUGCCUCCCUUUCCCAAUGACCUCUGAAUCCUUUCUCUGCCCACUGAAGAUCCUCACAUUUCCUGGUUUGCACACCUCAGCCUCCCUCUGUUCUUUCUCAGGACCUUGUCUGAGUAGGAAAAAAGGGUGCAUUCCUGUUGCAGAGGAGGAGGAAAACUAGGGGACAAGUGAGCUGCUGAUUUACUCAACCAUCCCUCUAUUGUUGGGCACUGAUGUUGUUUGAGAUGUUCACUAUUAUAGAAAACAUUACAAUGAAUGUCUUUAUGUCUAUAUUGUUUUGAGGGCGUUUAAUAAGCUCCUAGGGCAGAGGGUAAAAACUUGAUACCAAACGCUUGCCAAAUGCUUUCCAGAGUUUUUAUCAGAUGCACGCUCAAUGAAAAGUACCAGUUUUAUCAGUGCCUUCCUACCUUUAAUUUUAAUGUUUUCUCACUUAAAGAGUAAAAUUAAAUGCUUUCUCAACUUUAA